CUUCGUUCAUUCUCAACGAAGGUUACGUACGGAUUAUGGGUUCCAUCUCGCUGUCUUUAUUCAGCAUUAAUUCCCGCAAAGCCACCUUGUGAUGACUCAGCCUUCUAUCUAGCAAAUAAAGGCAUUGCCGAACAUUUUUUAUGAGGCUCCCUCUCGACAUCUAUCUAGACGAUACCCGAAGUUCCGCAACACCAUCCUUAUAUUCGCCAUCGGACUCUGAGGAAGAACGAAAUUCCGCAGUUUUAACUUCAAGGUCUCAGCGGUUGCCGACGUCCAAACAACGGAGGGCGUCUAAUGUUAGUAGGAAACGCCGUCGCGAGAAAUCUUCUUCAGAAGAUGUCUUUGCGGUGGAGCACAUUCUAGCGCGAUCAUUGAGUAAAUGGCGAAAUCCUGAGUCUAACAAAUAUGAAUAUCGAUAUCUCGUGCGAUGGGAGAAUUACCAGCCGAAGGACGACACUUGGGAAGGACGGUCAGGGCUAAUGGAAGGAUCAAAACAGUUGCUGGAGGAAUUCGAGAAUCGAGGAUAUCAACCAUUCACCAUCCUGGCAUCUAAAUCAGCCGCCUCAAAGCCCACAAUGUACCUAGUCCGGUAUGGUGUGGUAAGCGACAGUAUUCUUCCUUCACCACUUUACGAGAAGGUAUGGCAUAGCGCCUCCCAGAUAAACCGUGUUGGCGGGGUCCCCAAAGCUGUAGUGAAGAAUGCCAUUGACAAGUAUGAGGAAACUGAGCGACUGGAAGAGGGAAAGGGCCUGGCGAGAGGUGGGAGCCCCCGAACUCUCCAGCUGCAGAAAGAUAGGUGUAUUUUGGAUAUCCUGGAGCGUAAAGAGGAAGGAGAUGAGGACCCGCCCACGGUGAUAUUCCAUGUCAGAUGGAGAGAUAAGUGGAAGUUAAAAGAAGAGUGGAUGAAUUAUGAGAGGAUCGUUUUCACUUUCGAGGAGGACGGGAAACAGUUCUUGAUGAAGUGGGAGGAAAAAAGGGGCUAUGUGAAGCCUACUAAGGUAACAACAGUGCGAUUGGUAGAAAAGCCAGACAACAUGAAACGGCCGGCCACCAGCAGUCACGCAAAAGAACGACAACCGAUGACAGAGUACGAACUAGAACGGCUAAAGAAUAUUGAGGCGAACAAAGAGCUUAUGCGACAGUUGGGUCUUUAAUCUGUUUCCGUACUCAUAUGAAGUAGUCGUAGCGUGCAACUUUGUGCAAUCAGUCGAUACUCAUAUACGUCUUCUUCUGUUGUAGGCCAGAGUAACGAUUUGACACUUGUCAUUCGUCGACGGGGUGCUCUUGCAAUUGUGCUAAUACAGUUUGCAAUAUCUGACUGAACAUAGGAUAUGACAAUGGGAC